AUGAACAUGAAAUGGUUUUCACCAUUUAGAGAGAAUCAGAAAAAGAAACUUGGCCUUACAUGAGUCAACUAUUGCAUGAAAUUGAGUUCUUAAAACCUCCUCACAUUUGAAUUAGAUGUUUAUAUCAUUUUUUCAUUUUCAUAGGUUAUCGUGUGUUCAUUAGCGAUGAGGGCACAGUGGAUCUGUAGCUUUUUCUUUGCCUUCUUUCUCAUCUUCUCAUCCAACACAGAGUUUCAUAGUUGCUCACAAAAAACUAAUCCACCGGUUCUUCCUAAUCCGUACUUCCGCAUUCCUUCCCCCCUCAUGCCUGUUAGUGGUCCUGUUAUAUAUGUACGCUAUCCACCCAAUACUCUUCAACCGUUACCUAAAGCAAAUCUUUCAACCACAUGGACCAACGAUGAAUCUUCUAUCCCUUCCAUUAACUUCACAGAUGGCUCAAGGAUCAGAGUCAUCCUUGAUAAAGAAAAAUUCGCUUGUGGCUUCUUCUGUAACGGAAACUGCACAUCUUACCUCUUCGCCAUUGUCAUCAAGAUAUCUUACUCUCCUGGUUAUAUUUUUGGCACAAAAGGCAAUCCAACAGUCAUUUGGUCACCCAACCGAGACAAUUCAGUCAAGGAAGGUGCAAUACUGAAUCUCACUGCAGCUGGAGAAUUGGCGUUACAUGAUGUGGAUGGAAGCAUAGUUUGGACUACAAACACUGUAGGGAAAUCUACUGCUGGCAUGAACCUAACUGAUGAAGGAAAUCUGAUGUUGUUUGAUGGCGAUAACUCCAUGGUUUGGCAAUCUUUUGAUCACCCAACAGACUGUUUGGUAGCUGGACAAAAACUAUUGCAAGGACAGAAGCUGAUACCUAGUGUUUCCUCAACCAAUUGGAUGGCUCAAAAAGAUUCUUACUAUCUUCAACUCACUGAUAACGGUCUGUUUGCUUAUGUCGAAUCAAACCCACCUCAAGUCUAUUACAAACGCUUGAUAAAUGUCACAAAUAUACAUAAAGAAAGAAUUUAUGUUGAGCUCUUAAAUGGGAGUUUGUGUUUCUUGAUUAAUUCUUCUACUAAGCUCGAUAGCAUUGAUGUACCUCAAGAAAUCCCACUUGAAUAUGCAAAACUAAUGCCAGAUGGGCACUUGAAAGCCUUUGGAGGGGAAAUGGUGGCUGAUCUUCUAACUGAAUAUGAUUUUGGAGAUUGUUCUUAUCCGUUGGCUUGUGGGAGAAAUGGCAUUUGCUGGGGUGAUGUACAAUGUAGUUGUCCGAAGUCAUCAAGCUCUCCGGUGACAGAAUAUUUUAGAGCAGUGGAUAAUAGCCAACCAAACAAGGGUUGCUCUCAAGUUACUCCUCUCACAUGUAAUGCUACACAAGAUCAACAUUUCAUUGAACUCAAGAACAUCAAGUACUUCACCUAUACAGCUAACAUGGAGCAUGUGGAUAUGGAGACUUGUAAACAAGCGUGUCUGAACAACUGCUCAUGCAAAGCAGCUAUAUUUGAGUACUUCGGUUCGAAUUCUUCAAGUGGGUAUUGUGAUUUACCUUCUGAGCUUUUUACUAUGACCAACUUUGAUGUAGAUGCAAACAAUCAAGUCCAUGCUUCCGCUUUUAUAAAAGUCCAGAAUGGAAGAUAUAAAUCACCAAAGACAAAAAAUCAUGUUACGACAAUUCUAGGUUCCACAGUUGGAAGUUUGGUGCUUCUUGUCAUUGUGGUUGUAGUUAUUACUAUGUUCAUAGGCCAAAAGGAAGAGGUGGAUGGUGAAAUGGAAGAAGAGUAUCUGGAUAAAGUUCCAGGAAUGCCUACUCGGUUUUCCUAUGAAGAACUAAAAACAGCCACAGAAAAUUUCAGCAAAAAGCUUGGUGAAGGAGGAUUUGGAUCCGUUUUCGAAGGUUCUCUCGAAGUUGACUCAAAGAUUGCAGUAAAAUGUCUUCAUGGUCUUGGUCUCAUGCAGGUAGACUGGAAUGAGGUUAGGAAAUCAUUCAUGGCAGAGGUUGAGUCCAUUGGCAGCAUUCACCAUGUGAAUCUAGUUCAACUCAGAGGAUUUUGUGCUUGGAAAUCAGAGCGGUUUCUCGUCUAUGAAUUCAUGAGUAAUGGAUCACUAGAUGGAUGGAUCUACAAUGGAGACAGAAAGAACGUACUCAAGUGGGAAUGUAGAAAGAAGAUUAUUCUUGAUAUUGCUAAAGGUUUAGCAUAUCUUCAUGAAGAAUGUCGGCAAAAAAUCAUUCACCUCGAUAUUAAACCUCAAAACAUACUCCUAGACAGCGAUUUCAAUGCCAAAGUAUCUGAUUUUGGGUUGUCUAAGCUCGUAGAUAGAAAUCAAAGCUGCCAAGUGAUGAGCACAGUGAGAGGAACUUUUGGCUAUAUGGCUCCAGAAUGCUUCGAUUCAAUUAUCACCGAAAAGGCAGAUGUAUAUAGCUUUGGGAUCGUUCUUUUGGAGAUCUUAUGUGGGAGGAAAAAUCUCGAUAUAUCUCAGCCAAAAGAAAGUCAACACUUGCUGGGUAUCUUUCAAAGGUGUUGGGAACAAGGGACUUUGUUACAUAUAGUUGACAGGUAUAGUAAAGAUAUGCAGGAACAUGGUACGGAAGUCGUGGAGAUGAUGAAAGUGGUUUCAUGGUGUUUGCAGAUUGAUUAUACGAAAAGGCCCUCAAUGUCAUCGGUGGUUAAGGUGAUAGAGGGAGUAAUGGAUGUUGAAUCGAACUUGGAUUACAACUUCUUGUGGACCAUUUCUAUGCAGAAAAUAACAGAUGGAUAUGAGAAAAGAUCGAAACCAAUGUCAGCUUCCAUUCUAUCAGGGCCGAGGUGAGGUGAGGUGCACUGAGGUUCUAGUGGACCAUUUCUAUGCAUCUUUCUAAGGCUUAUGUCUUCUUUUUCUUCAAGAACCAUUAAAUUUCAAGUUACGAAUGAAUUUUCUUCCCCAAUGAAGAAAUGGAUAUCCAUCUUUUUAUGUUUUGUCUAGGGUUAUUCGUCAAUAGGUAGUAGGUGUAAUCACUAGGUGAUAUUAACUUCUAAAUGAUUGUGUUAGAGCUUGGGGUCAGGUCGUUAUAGUUUGUAUAUUUUGUAAUCGCCAUAAAUUUAAGCUGGACGGGUUAAUGUCCGAAAAUUACUUUUAUAAAGCUCAACCCAAGAAAAC